CGGGUUUGAACCUAGGGUGGGGGCGGCUGCGUGUUUCCGGAAGACGUGGCGGCUCUUGCCUGGGCUGCUUCCCGGCUUCAUUCUCUCCACUUGGCUCCACACCCAGGGCGCUCCGAGGUGCUAUUGCCGCCUCCCUCACCUCUGCAGCCAUGAUCUCGUUAACGGACACACAGAAAAUUGGAAUGGGAUUAACAGGAUUUGGAGUGUUCUUCCUAUUCUUUGGAAUGAUCCUCUUUUUUGACAAAGCGCUACUGGCUAUUGGAAAUGUUUUAUUUGUGGCUGGCUUGGCUUUUGUAAUUGGUUUAGAAAGAACAUUCAGAUUCUUCUUCCAAAAACAUAAAGUGAAAGCUACAGGAUUUUUCCUGGGUGGUGUGUUUGUGGUCCUGAUUGGUUCGCCUUUGAUAGGCAUGAUCUUUGAAAUUUAUGGAUUCUUUCUCUUGUUCAGGGGCUUCUUUCCUGUGGUUGUUGGCUUUAUUAGAAGAGUGCCAGUCCUUGGAUCCCUCUUGAACUUACCUGGAAUUAGAUCGUUUGUAGAUAAAGUCGGAGAAAGCAACAAUAUGGUGUAACAACCAUUGAAUUGAAGACUCAUUUAAAAUAUUGUAUUAUUUAUAAAAUCCUUUGAAGAAUAUUCAGCACAAAAUUAAAUUACCUGAAAUAGCUUGUAAUGUUCUUUACAGAAGUUUAAAAGGUAUAGCCUACAAAGUACCAACAACAAUUAACAAAGAAGCGAUGAAAACAGGCUUCUAACCAAGUCAUCUAAGAGGUCAACAAGCAAACCGAAGGAGGUGAAAUCUAUGUUACAUGCAUAUUGAAACUUUUAAAGGCCAUUUUUAUUAUUUUUCCACAAUGUGUGAAACACAGCCAUCCAUAGAGAACUGUAUGUAAUCCCUAUUUCUUUCCUUCUUAUGUUCAAGAUGCAAGCAUAUCCAUAGGCAUUUGCUUUUUAGAAGUGUCCACGGCAAUGGCAAAAAUAUUUCCAGUUGCACUGUGUCUCUGAAAAUGAUGCAUGAGUUAGAUUGGAUUAUGUCAUUUUAAUCUAUUAAAACCAGGAAAACCCAGUGUUGAUGUAUGAAUCCCUUUUUUUUUUUUUGAUAAGAAUAUGGUUAAAAUAAAACUUUCAUGGUUCUUCUGAAUCUUAAUAUUUUAAAACCAGAUGAAAAUCCGACCUAGAUAUUCUUUGUUGGAAUGUUGCAAAGGUCAUUCUUUACUAUCUUACAGUUUCUAAGUUACAGCUUACUCAGCACUUUUUCCUUCAGCAACACACUCUGGAAAUCCUGAUAUUCCUUGGGACUCUCAUCUGAGCAUCUGUAUCUUUCAUGACACAUGAGCAUUUAACAGAAAGCCAUCUCAGCCAUGAAAGAGUCUGUUACAAAGCUUGUUUCACUGAAUGGUGUGUUCUUUAAGAUACUAAGUGAUACAACCCAAGUGAGAUUUUUCCGUGUCAUGAUCCAGUUUUUCCUUUUAUUUUUUUUUUUAAUUUUAGCAGUGGUUUAUUAUUUUGCUUUUCAUACAUUGAAAUAACUACUGGUAAUUUUUACUUUAAGAUGUAACGUUAUAAGGUUAGAUUUACAGCUGUUUUUUAAAGGGCUGUUCACAGAAGCCAAUUUUUCCCUUAUUUUCAGCAUUUUCCUAACAUAAAAAUCCGUAUGCAUACUGUGUGUUUCAUACUCGCUCUCUUCAUCUUGAAUUCGUGGAGAGAAUCUCUGAGUUCACAUGCUAAAGUUACUUUACCGUAAUUAAACUGGCUAUAGUUCUGAAAAACAUGACACUACAAAAACGAUGUGGUGUUUUCUCCACUGUUGCUGCUCGACAGGCAGUAAGUAGGAAGCUGUGGUUGUUUCCUCAGGAGUAGUUUUCCAAGGAGGCACCCUUUUGUAGAUGUAGGAAGCCAUGUCAAGAGUCAUAGUAUUAUUUGUUUUACUAUUAAUGAUUGUACUAUUUGCUCAUUUUUUUUAACAGUCGCAGAGCUUUUUAAUACAUAAAAUCAUUGAAAUUUGUGAUUUUUUUAUUUACAAACAUGUCUACAAGAUAUAUUAUUGCCUGUGUUAUUAGUAGUUAAAUCUCUUGAUGCACAGGGAAGUCCCAUCCUUGCUCAUCUAAAGAACGAACGACUUGGUAGAUAGUCUUAACGGUUCAGCCUUGUGGAUUACUGUCUUUUCGGUACUGGCAUUUGACUUAUGACAUAAUCUGUGAACAUAGAUGAUAUUGACAAAAUGAGACUCCUACCUCAAUAGUUCAUGGAAUGA